UUGGUCCGUUCCAUUGAAAAUAGUGCCAAAGGUAUGUGGUCAUUGGCCGUGCACCUCAUCCCCACGUGCGUACGCAAGCUAUAUAGAACACUUCGCACGGAAUUUCAUCUUCAGAACUGAGAGUCAGUGUCAAGGGAAUCCACUCGGAAGUAACGAAAAUGAAUCAUAGCCAAUGCAUAUCGCUAUGCUUGAUGGCGCUUGUUCUUGGACAAGCAGCCACGCUGCCACAGCAUACUCAGUAUCCGCAACAGUUCCAACAGCAGGUCAGAGACGAGAGGAAAUUCGCAGAAAAGCCGAAUGCAAUGAAGAAGGUCGCCCUCGAUGACCUAGAUGACAUUAGUACCAAUCAGAUUCAAGAAGGUAGCAGUACCGGGUUCUCAUGGUCGAACAUGUUGAGCAUGCUGAUGCAGAUGAUCCUGGGUCAAACAGGAGGAGUGACAGGUCCAAGCAAGAACGAGAUCGACGACGGGGCACCUGCCAGCCCCUGGGCAAAUUUGCUGUCGGUGGGGCUGAGGGUGCUCACCGCUCUUCUAGGAGGUCCCCAACAAUCCGUGGACGGUAUCGACAAGGUUGAUAACCAAAGCAGUCCCAUGCAGGGCAUUUUGACUGCGGUGCUGGGCGCGUUUCUAGGACAGGGCAGAGACCCCGAUCAGGUUGCUGUUAUGGCUAAAAACGCUUCCGAGUUCAUCAGCAUAGUGAUCAAUCUAUUGGACGCGUUGAAGACAUCGUUCUCUCAUCGUUCUUUGACGGCCAGAUCAAUGGGAAGACGGGACACAGUUUCGGAAGCUGCCGUCGCCUCCAUUUCCAUGCUAAAGGGCUACAUGAGGUCAGUGAAAUCGUUUAAUAACGUUGGUCGUGCCGAGGACGAAGGUCAACGUGGAUGCGCCGAGAGAGCCCUCUGCGAAGCGAGUGCGGAAUGCGUAGCGGAUGCUCAGGGAACGUCAUCUAUCUUCUGUCAACUUGGAUCAUACGCGACGAGCUAUCUUCUCCAAAGACAAAGCGGAGUAGGUUUCGAGGCGUUGUACGAGGCUGGACGACGCGGGCGCACCGGUGAAGAUUGUAGAACUUUGUUCAUGGAUUGCAACGCCGUAUGAAAACUCGUUUCGAGUCCGUUCAAGUACGAUUUAGAUGGAUCUGGAUUGAUACCUGAUACUUUCAAUUCUUUCGAUCUUCUUUAAAUCAAAUUCGACGAGGGAUUCCGUUUGAAAUUUCGAAGAAGAAUAUUGGAAUUUUACGGAAUUUGUUAUUAAACCGGAUAUCGCAUCCUGAGGUUUAAAUCGUACUAGAGACCGACGAAAGAGUAGCUUUAUGUUCGAGAACCGUAUCGAGACCAAACCACACAAUGGCCAUCUUCUGCCCGAGCCUCUCGACGAAUCGUCCAUGUCUCAUCGAUCGAAUUGAUGUUAUUUUCUUAGAAUUUCAAAUUGAAAAAUAUAAUUGAAAUGAAACCGCGACUUAAUUAGAAUCUACGAAACUGUAUAGGGUAAUUUCUUGGUUAAUGAUUCGCAAUAGCGGUGAUUUAUACGAAACUUUCUAAAAGUCUUCCAGAAUUUCUGAAUUCCUUAUUUGCGCGAAAGGAAUUCGUGACAGAGCUGAAAGAAGAGGCCGUGCACGCUAGCGGGGAACGUAUACAUUUUAAUGUAGAAGUAGACUGAAUGAGAUUCCAGAUCUGGACAAACAAUGUAUCGUUUGAACAGAUCUCUACGAUAAUCAUGAUAUUUAUUUCUAUUUAUUGAAAGACAUAGAAUUAGCGCGUAAUCGAGACUCGAAGAACUAUUAUGUAAGGAAAGGCAAGUUUUUUCAUUUAAAAUCAAUUUCCAUUAAAAAUGUUUACGAUAUAUUUAUAUUUCAAUCCAAUCAGUUUUGAUUCUUUCAACUUGCCUUUUCUUCGUUUUCUGUUGUCAUGUUCGAGCCAAUCCUUCAUAUUUAAUCUUUCACUUAUUUGCAUUCAGCGAGACAUUUUCUUCAUUUUGUGGAAGAAGACGAGUUUUAAAAUAGUUGAAAGUUUGAAAUCUGGUAAAUCAUUUCACGUUUCUUUAACUCCUUUCUAAUAUUGUUCAAGGAGGGGUUCAAGGAAAUUCGAAUUCUCUCUUCUUUUAUAUUUGUACGAGUUAACGUCUCAGGAUAUUGUGUUUGUUUCAUCACCCGCUAAAAAUUUUUCAUUGUAUAUAGGCGUUAUAUAUGUAUACACAUAAAUACACAUACACGGGUGGAGUUUUUCACAAUAGCCAAGAUCUAUUUAGCGUAUCACUUAGACGUAAGUUGUAUGUAUGACGUAUGCGGUACGAUGACAUUUAAAUUGAAGUUAAUAAACGAUCUUAUUGAUAAA